GAUUCUGCAAAUCUUCAACCAAAUUGUGUAACUGGUUAAUUAAAUCGUCUUGCAUUUUUAUAGUAUCACCCAAAUUUGAAAUCCUCUUCUCCAAAUCAUCAGCACAUUUUGUCGCCUGUUCUUCACAUGCUUUAAUUAAUUCUUGUUCCAUAUAGCGAUUCGAAAGUCCUCCUAUCCCAAGACCUUUGGUAUAUCCUCCUUUAAGUCGUCCUAACCCCUGCCUAAAAUGUUCUAUGAGUGGAAUAGGAGCUGAGGAAAUCUCUUCAGCAUUUGCCACUUCAACAAUUUGAAGUUGUUCCUAUAGGAAAAAGAAAAUAAAUUAUUAUAAAAAAAUAGCAAAUUAAUAUAUAAAAAUGAUACAAAUAAUUACCAAAAUUCUUUUCCCAUCAAGAACUUUCCCUAAAUCUAGAAAAUACUCUAAACCCAUAGAUCGAUCACCAUCGAAUUCUCUGAAUUCAAAAUCAUAGAGUAAAAACAAAAGGGAUGAACAAAAGGAUCCUUAUUUGGGAGCAGAAGUCGACGUCGAAGAAAGCAAUGUUGGUUUUAGAAAAAAAAGAAUUAUAAGGAGAGGUCGACUAUAGGGAAGAUUUGUCAUUCAGCAUACCUGUUGUUGCUUAAUCCUCUAUCGAACUUUGUUAGCCUCUUCUUAGUUGAUGUAGUUAGAAUUAGGAUUCAACUCGUUCUUUAUAUAUUAGUUAAGAGGAUAAGUCUGGAAGAUAAUCUAAUAGUGUUUAAAUAGAAUUGAAAUGUGCAAGUUAACAUUUCUGUUGGUCAAGGAGAAAAAAAAAAUGCUAUUUAACUUUUUUUUUUAUCAGAGUAUUUGUGCUAAAUUUUAAUUAUUUAAAUAGAAAAAUCAAAUAAACUGAACUUAAACAAAAUCAGAUUUUAAAUUAAAAUUUAAUAAUUUAAAAUGAAAACAUAAAUAUCCAUUAGCUUUUUAUUAUCAGUUUUUGAAGAAUUUUAGGUUUCAAAAUCAGUCUUCUUCUUACUGUCCCUUGAAGAAUAUUGUGGUUUCUCUUUAUUUAAGGUUUUGAUGGCAAAAUCCAAGGUAAUAUUUCUUUCAAAUUUCUUGCAAUUUAAGGCAAUCUUGUCAUCUUAACCUUACUAGUUGUUGCUCAAAUAAAAGCCACAGGGCAUACUCUUGAACUCUCAGAUGACAGUUCCAUUGAUGGAGUUCAUGUGAAUGAUUUAUGCUUUUCAUUUCCUAACUCUUUGCAUAGAGAUACUCCUGAAAGCCCAAUAUCACCAAGUUUGCCAAAUUAUGUUAGUGAUUCAGAUGAUGGGAAUGGUAUAUUUGAAUCACCAAAACUGCCAAGUUAUGUUAGUGAUUCAGAUGAUGAGAAUGGUAAUUAAAUGUGUAGGUGAUUUGAUGGUCUGUCUAUUACCAUGAGGUGAGGAACUUGUCACUUAAAGCACAAGUUCUUUGGCUAACUGUCCAAUUGUGACAGUACUUAUUGAAUUGUCCUUGGCCAUCUCCAUCAAUGCUUGAUUGAUUGCUUCAAUUCUUUUGCAUGUUUUGUGAUAUAUCCUUGUCAAUGUUUUAAUGGUAAACUUGGCCCAUGACCAUGUGCAACAUCCUUAGGUUCUAAGGUUUUGUGAUAUAUCCUUGUCAUAUUUUGGUUUCAUUUUAUUUUUCAGGUGAUGAUGGACCAGCUUCAAAUGAAAUGCUUUAUUGGAGCUCAGUGGCUAUACUAAUGGUCUCAGUGUUUACUACAGAAGAUUCAAUUAUUUUGAUUUUGUUUGUCUUCUAAAUGAAACAUUUGAACUAUUAUUCAAUCGUAUUCAGUUAUUAUACUAUUGACCAUUGGACCCUUGCUUGUCAAAGAAAUGACUUUCAUUUAC